AUGAGCAAAAAAAUACUAGUGAUUACAGAUAUAUCUCGAACUCUUCUAUUAGCAGAACGAUUAGGUAAAUAGUUGUACUUGGAUCGGAGAAGAGAAUUAGAUAACAUAAAACCAAAUGACAAAUAUGAAAAUUAUAGUAUAAUCUGGAGACCAGGAAGAGAAUUCUUUCUUGAUUCGCUUAUGAUUAAAUAUAGAGACAGAUUUGAUGUUGCAGUAUGGUCAAGUUUAGACAGAGACAAGACUGCCGCCUUUGCCAAGUCCUUUUUUGGAAAACAUUUUAGGAAUUUACUUUUUGUCAGCACCUGCAAUCGUGAAUAAUAUGAAGGUACAUAAAAAGAGUAUAGCACUGAGCCAAUCAGAAUUGAUAGAGAUUUAUCUUUGAUCAACUAGAAAUUUUCAAAUUAUGAUCUUCCUAAUAUAGUGAUGGUGAAUGUAUUCCCCAAUCUGAUGGAAUAACACUCUUUUAACGAUAUCAUUCUACCCAAAUUUGAUCCUCAAUAUGUUGAUGUAUAAACAGAUGGGUCUCUAGAUUUAUUGGUGAAAUAUUUGAAUGGACUCUCAAUGUUAAUAAAUAAACAGAGAGUAUAAGAUAUUAGAACAGCUAUAAGGGCAAAACCUAUAUAGAAUAUGGACAAGAGAAUGGAAAAUCUACGUAAUAAAAUGCACGAGUAUUUAUGAUUUAUGUAUAUAAACCUUAUUAAAUGGGUCUUACAUCAUUAAUAAUUAAUU